GAGGCUUUCCGGGCAAUGGAGAAAGAAGGCAGAAAUGUGCACAAGAGGAAGUCACUUCGUGAACUAUUUCUAUAUUCAGAUGAAGUUCAGAUUGGCCCAGAAACAGUCAUGACCACCCUUUAUACUGCUAAGAAAUAUGCUGUCCCAGCCUUGGAAGCACAUUGUGUGGAAUUUCUCACUAAACAUCUCAGAGCAGACAAUGCCUUUAUGUUACUUACUCAGGCACGAUUAUUUGAUGAACCUCAGCUUGCAAGUCUCUGUCUAGAUACAAUUGACAAAAGCACCAUGGAUGCAAUCAGCGCAGAAGGGUUUACUGAUAUCGAUAUUGACACACUCUGUGCAGUUCUAGAAAGAGACACACUUAGCAUUCGAGAAAGUCGACUUUUUGGAGCUGUUGUACGCUGGGCAGAAGCAGAAUGUCAGAGACAACAACUGCCAGUGACUUUUGGAAACAAACAGAAAGUUCUAGGAAAAGCACUUUCUUUAAUCCGCUUCCCACUGAUGACAAUUGAAGAGUUUGCAGCAGGUCCUGCUCAGUCUGGCAUCUUGUCAGACCGUGAAGUGGUGAACCUGUUUCUUCACUUCACCGUUAACCCCAAGCCCCGAGUGGAGUACAUUGACCGCCCACGGUGCUGCCUGCGGGGCAAGGAGUGCUGCAUCAACAGGUUCCAGCAGGUGGAGAGCCGCUGGGGCUAUAGCGGGACCAGCGACCGGAUCAGGUUCACAGUUAAUAGAAGAAUCUCCAUAGUUGGGUUUGGCUUGUAUGGAUCUAUCCAUGGUCCCACGGAUUAUCAAGUGAAUAUACAGAUCAUCGAAUAUGAAAAAAAACAGACUCUGGGACAAAAUGAUACUGGGUUUAGUUGUGAUGGGACUGCUAACACAUUCAGAGUCAUGUUUAAGGAGCCUAUAGAGAUCCUGCCCAACGUGUGCUACACAGCAUGUGCAACACUCAAAGGUCCGGAUUCCCACUAUGGCACAAAAGGGCUGAAGAAAGUCGUGCAUGAGACACCUGCUGCCAGCAAGACCGUUUUCUUCUUCUUUAGUUCCCCUGGCAAUAAUAAUGGCACUUCAAUAGAAGAUGGACAAAUACCAGAAAUAAUAUUUUAUACAUAAUUUAGCAUUAUAAUACAUCACAUCUUGGCUAAAUAGUACCUACCACACAAUCUAGACUCAGACAUACAAACAACUGGCCACAGAAGAAACAGUUUGAGUAUCAUGAAUAUUUAUGAUUGUAAGAUAAGAAACAUUUUAGUUUCUUAGAAGUAGAGAAAUGUUUAUUUAAAUCUCUGCAUGAAUUAAAGGCAGAUUUUCCACUUUUUUUGUCACCUUAGGGGGAAAAAGCUGGGUUUGUGUAAAAAAAAAUGCAGCUGUUUCAGCUGCUUCCUGUAUCAUUUCAUAGUCAGCCGCCUAAUGAUCUUUCAAUAGUUUUGGAAUUGAAAGAUUCUUGUUACACAUAGCCAGUUUGGUUUUUUUUAUUUUUAACUUUUGAAAGUAGAUGAAAUGGGUCAGUAUCCUAUAAACUCAGAUAACUAAUUUCAGAAAAUUAGGAAAAUUGGCUCUAUAUUUGAGAUUUUAAAAUAUCUGCUUGCUAACAUUUGGAGUAAUGCUAAAAAUAGGCCUAAUAAUGCCCAAGAAAAUUUUCAGUGCAUUUAUAGAAAAGGAUAUUUUAUAACAGUGUAGUAAUGUGUUACAUAGUGUAGUGUUCAAACUAUAAAUGGAUUUUGUGUACAUUCACAGUAAUGUGGUAUAUGCAAAGUCUCUAAAGGUGUGACAUAAGCCUGGAUCUUUAUCAUUCAGCUGUAUCACCUUCCCUGCCUGUCUGUAUGGGGUGGGGUGCUGCUGAGUUCCAAGACUGAGCUGAUGGUGGUGACUGAUGAUUGUUUAAAGAUACUACUUCAACUUUGUGAUUGUUCCACACAGCAAGAAAUGGAACAUGGUUACUAACAUUUCUAAUAGCUACUUUGAAAUUAUAAAACUAUCCAGCAGAGUCACUCCUGCCAAACAGUACGCUUUUUGUCACAUAGUUCUAUUCGAGAAGUAAAAUAUCUUUAACAUUUGUGACCUCAUGAAUGUGACCACAUCUUACAUUAGGAGGAAGUAGGAAAUAUAUACAAUAGAGUGACAUUUAUACACUUUUAUAUACAGCAGAUUUUUAAAAUAUAAGUAACUUCCCUUGAAAGUGACUAUCCUAAAAAAACUUGUGUAAUUAAGCUUAAAGUAUAUUAGAUCUUUGUGGAAGAUGACAAAAAAUUCUUCAAGUAUCAAAGAAUUUUUUCUAAAUAGGAAACAAAAAUUUUUCAUCAAAAGUACUAUUUCAUUAUACAUUUUUAAGAAGGUAGUGAGAUGUGUUGAUAGCCAAGGUCCAUUGAAAUUGAAGAAAAGGGAAAUUUUUGUGUCUCGGGUACCAUGUCCUUGUGGAUAUAACUCACUUUGCAGGAAUACCUAUGGAAUGUAUGGUUCUGGUUAACUAAAGAUUAACUUCAAACAUUCAGUAGUAACCAUUACCAAAAAGUACUUCUGUCUUUAAAAGUAUGGUAUGCCAGAGAUAGGUUAGUGGGAGAUUUGGGGGUUUUAGGCAUUUCACAUGCCUUCUGUGUUAUACUGAACACGUGUAACUGAAAGUAGCCAUAGAAGGUACGUACAAGAAACAGAACUCUACUGACAUUGGGAAAAUCACCUGGAAUUUUACAAAAAUAAAUGUAUAUUAUCCUUUAUUUGUUUA